GGCAUUCAGCUUGUCCGCUGUGAGGUGAUGGGUCGUGUUUACUGAGCGACGCGGUUCGGAGAAAACGGAUUACGGUGGAUACGUCGUACGAGGGAGAGAAUUUGGAAGAUAGCGAGGGGGACGACAACCCAUUCAGGUUCGAACUUGUUAAAAAGUGUUCGGCGAAGCCGGUCAGUGAGCAAGUAGUCUCGAGGCAGCAACUUUGUGCAAACUUGGUUUGGAGGUAGUUAGUACUCGGUGCAGUGCAACUUGCUUUUUGGUGCAUCGCGGUCUGGUCAUUCUUUUGAGUUUUGAGAGAUAUUUAAUCAUGACGAUGUAACUGCGCUUUGUGCAACAUGACUCCGUGAAUUCACGUGGCUUUGAGCGACUGGGCUCUAUGCUGCUGCUGGCUUUACUGGAACUUAAUCAUUAGUUUCUAUCCAGUGCAACUUAAUUUUCUUCGACGCGCUUGAGCGUGAGACCCUGCAUUUCAAACUCAUCUAAAAGCUUCUGAAACAAGUUAUUUCUUUUUUAAUCUGAAUCGUUCUAAAAGAGAAUUCGCUCUUCGAAAUCUCCCAAGAAACGAAGAAGCUCGGAAAACUGCCCUGCAUAUCAACGAGCGCGCAUGAACGGCUGAUUUUCAUCUCUGAACGUAGAUAGACGCAAAUCACCUUCGUUUUUGCCUUGGUUGUGCCUGUGCUUGUGAGGACCCUGACGAGGUGUUGUGACAUAGUGCCUUUGCUGCUGACUAAAGUUUUUAGAGAAGAAGGAACGUGUUUUUUGUUGGUCAGCUGACCUAGUACCUCAUCAUGGUCAACUCCACCACAAGAGGAAAACUGCAGAGUUUGCUCCUUUGGAUUAUCAGCGCAGCUUCUGUUGCGGACGCCUGCAUCGUUACGGCGCCAAACGUCGUUCGUCUGGGAGUCGAAGAGACGCUGGUCGUCUUCAACAGAGGCGUCGCUACGAAGGAUGUCUCGCUCUUGGUGCAAGACUACCCUGGUCGUCUCAACACGCUGUUCAGGCAUACUGUCAGCUUGGGCCCCGAGGAAUCGCAGGUCAUUCGAAUGCGGUUAGACACUGAGAAGAUCAACGCAAAAGAUGUUACAAUGGGCCAACCGAGGUACGUGUCUCUGAUUGCCGAAUGCGGAAAUACUUACAAGAAAGAAGCCCGCCUGCUCAUCAGCGACAAAGGUGGAUACCUCCUUUUGCAGACGGACAAGCCCAUCUAUACUCCGAAACAGACGGUCAACAUUAGAGUGGUAGCCGUUGGAGAAAACCUCGUGCCCACUACUGGCCAAGUGAAGUUGAAAAUCAAGAACCCCCAGGACAUCGUCACUUACAAAACCGUUUUGGACACAACUUCCAACUCCAGCGGGACGGGCAUGUUCAGCCAUUCCUAUCGGUUCCCAGAGUCGCCUAUCCUCGGAGAAUGGAAGGCCGUCGUGACGCACGGAGCUCAUUUAACUCAGGAGACGGAAGUCAAGUUCACGCUGGACGAAUACGUACUCCCAACAUUUUCUGUGGAGCUGACUUUACCAAGCGUCAUUCUAACCGACCAGGAAUACAUCGACGGAGAAGUUCUGGCGAAGUACGUAUAUGGCAAGCCAGUCGUUGGAUCUGUGGCCUUCAGAUUUCGACUGAGAAACGAAGCGAACCAAGACACCGAAGUUGGGUCGACGAAUUUCAAAGAACUCAUCGAUGGAAAAGGGCGCUUUCGAAUCGCGACGCAGGAGUUUAGAAUGAUGCGCAGCAAACGGUGGGGUGCCCUGGUGAAAGGAAACAGGUUCGUCGUCGAAGCCGAUGUCCUGGACAAGGCGACUAGCAAGCGAGAAUCAACUAUAGAUGACUCGGCAAUUUUCGCUUCCUCCCCGUACCUCGUGACCUUCAGCAGCACUCCCAAAGACUUCAAGCCGGGAACCAGCACCAUGAUCGUGGCGGAGAUCAAACAUGUGAAUGGCAAGCCUGCGAUCGGGAUUCCUACCGAACUGACGGCCCUCGACGACCGAGAAGAAGUGGUUUUGGUGGACACAACCUCGUCGACGAGCGACAACACGGGAAGGGUAGCUUUCUCUGUCCAGACGUCCAGGUUUCAGACGGCCCUUAAGAUUAAGGUUCAAACAAAAGACCCAAAGUACGCAUCUCACCAGCAAGCGGACGGCAACAUUGUGCUGCAUCCAUUCACGUCACCGACGAAUGCAUUUGUAUCUCUGAAAAGGAUUGACACCAGGGUUGCGCUUAAGGUUGGGGAACAUUUUGACGGUUAUGCAAGAGCGGAGCCCUCUAAUAUUUCACCGAUUUACUACAUGGUAAUCAGUCGAGGCCAAACGAAGGCACACGGAAAAGUGAACGAAUCAAGCUUCUACAAGACCUUCGGGUUCCAAGUGACUCCAGAAAUGAGUCCAGGGGCCAGGGUGCUGGUGUAUGCUUUCCACGAGGGACAUUUGCUUGCCGACUCGAUGAAUAUUGAAGUUGAAGAAGUCUGCACGGGUUCCUCUGAUAUUGAAAUCGAGCCCGAAUUCAGGAGUGAGGAACCUGGAUCCUCGGGAGUUCUGAAUGUCCGUGGCAGAGAGGGAACCCGCGUUGGAAUUCUGGCCGUCGACAAGGCCGUCUACAUUCUGAACAACAAGGAACUUCUGACGAGAGAGAAGCUUUUUACAGUUUUGAAGUCCCACGACCUUGGCUGUGGUCCGGGAGGUGGCUUGACGUCUGAUGUUGUCCUCGCAGACACCGGGAUCGUGAUAAUAUCUGAGGAGACUCUAGAAAAUGCCAUCAGAACAGAUAACAGCUGCGAAUCGCGCAUUCGAAGACGCCGUAGUAUCCUAAAACGUGCCGCGGAUAACUUCCAAGAUCCCUUCCUUCGUCAAUGCUGCAUACUUGGUCAGAAAAGGGACCGCCUUGGAAGGACCUGCCAGGCUCGAGCCGACAUAGUGUAUGAGCACAUGGACGGAAAGGACCAGGCAAAAGAAUGUUCCGAGGCCUUUGAGGAGUGCUGCAAGGAGAUUCGGCCACAAGGAUUUCCAGGCCCUCGUGUCCCAAAUCUCCAAGCUACGGGCGACGAGCGAGCUCGGCAUGGCAUCGAGUUCAUAACGGAAGACUCGGUGGACGAGGUUGACGGUCCGUCCACCAGCCCCCUUGUCCGAAGAGACUUCAGGGAGACGUGGCUUUUCGACGAGGGAACAGUAGGGUCCGACGGCACUGCAAAGUUCAGCGCUAGCCUUCCGCACAGCAUCACCACUUGGUCCGUCCAAGCUGUGAGCGUGUCGCCGACAGGCGGCGUGUGUGUGCCGCCAUCCAAAGAAGUACGGGCUUUCCAAGACAUCUUCCUGCAAGUCAGCAUACCCUACAAGGUGGUUCGUAACGAGCAGAUUGAAGUGCUCGCUACUGUCUACAACUACGGCAGCCGUAGUCUCCUCGGCAACGUGUACAUCUACGGGGCCGAAGGACUCUGCACCGGGGCACCAGUGGGCCAAAGAUCCGAGCGAAGGCCAAUUCAAGUAAACGCUACUUCGGCAGCCAGCGUCACGUUUCCGGUGAUACCUCUCAAGGAGGGCGAAUUCGUCGUCAAGAUACACGUGAAAAGUACGAGAGGGGAAGAUAUCGUUGAAAAAGUACUCAACGUAGUGCCCGAAGGUGUGACCGUGGAGAAAAGCAUUUCGAUCCCGAUUGAUCCAACGAACGAACGGAGAAGGAAAACUCGGAGCAUACGUGGUGAUCGUUACCAAGAUUCUUUGGAUACGGCGGCUAAAGUGCAAGUCAUUGCUGUGAACACACGACUGCCUCCGGACGCUGUUCCUGACACCAAACAUUGUUCACUGUCUGUAAUAGGAAACAAGAUUGGACCUUCUGUUCAAACAACGUUACAGAACAUCGAAAAUAUGAUUGCAAUGCCCACGGGGUGCGGCGAGCAGAACAUGAUGCUCAUGGCCCCUACACUCUACACCCUUGAGUACCUUAAGCAUAAGGGUGUUUUGAAUGCAACGUUAGAAGAGAAAGCGUACAGAUACGUCCGGGAAGGUUACGAGCAAGAGUUAUCUUUCCGGAAACCAGACGGUGCUUUUUCGGCUUUUAAGCACAGGGACAGCAGUGUCUGGUUGACUGCGUUCGUGAUGCGAGUGUUUUGCAAGGCACGGCAGUACGCCAGCAUUGAUCCUGAAGUUAUCAAGAGCGGCAUGCUCUGGUUGGCAUCAAGGCAGGAAAUUGACGGAAGUUUCAAGGAGCGGAAACCUAUUAUGCACAAGGUUAUGCUGGGCGGCGUAAAGGGUUCAGUACCAAUGACAGCCUUUGUACUCCUUACCUUUUAUGAAUGUCAGUCCCCAUCUGACACGGAAGAUAAGAUUAUCGGAAAGACGAAGAGCAACGCCGAAGAAUACCUGAACCGACACGUGCACGACAUACACGAACCCUACGUGGCUGCGUUGGUGGCUUACGCAUUAAGCUUAGGAAACAACCCCGAGAAGCAUACCGCCAUGGAUGUCAUGAAAGAUGAACUGCUCUACGAUCACAUGUUGAACACAAGGAGUACGGGAGAAGAGGCGACACCCUUAGUGGUUGAAGGCACCAGCUACGCCUUGUUGGCUUUCCUUGAGCAUAACGACUUGGAAUCGAGUAGCAGCAUAGUCAACUGGUUGAACACGCACCGUUCAGCCUCAGGAUCUUUCGUGUCUACGCAGGACACGGUGGUGGCCCUGCAAGCACUCACGGAGUUCGCCCUCAAAGCUCGAGAGAGCUACUUGGAUCUUAUGUGCAACGUCACUCUGAGCAACCAACGCAAUUUUAAAAAGAGCAUCCGGCUAAAGCGAGAAAACGCAGCCAUUCUUCAGCAACUGGAUAUUCCUGAUGUAAGCGGUAAGAUGUUUGUAAGUGCAAGUGGCACCGGCAGUGGCUUGCUCUCUGUCAAGAUCAAGUACAAUGUCUUAGUUCCUCCCGAAGCUUUGUGUAAGUUCAAUAUAACAGUCAAAGCCGAAGUACAUAUCGAAAGAAAAAAGAGUGUUAAGAGCCUAGAUUUUCCACCAGACCUUCUUGAUGAACUGCUUGGUCCAGAGCCGAAUAGGAAGCGGCGAUCACCCUGGUUUUUCGGAGCAAGAGAAUCCAGAAUGUCAUCACUUGCGGGUUCAUUCAACGGUGAUCCACGUGAUCGUGGAUCGAUAGAUCCAACCCCUGACACAUCUGUCAAUUUGGACAGGACACCACAAAAGAGCAAGUUGCUAUACGACAUUGAAGUUUGCUCACGGUAUCUUGGGGGCUCCGAGUCAAACAUGGCAGUCAUUGAGGUUGGAAUUUUCAGUGGCUUUGUGCCCGUCGAAAAAGACCUGAAAGAGGAGACAGCCAGAAACGAAUUACUUGCCAAAUAUGAAAUUACUGAGAAAAACGUUAUCCUCUAUUUCGACAAGAUCCCCGCAGAGGUGCCGACCUGUGUUAAAUUCAGAGCUGAGCGGGAACAUGUUGUGCACAAUGUUCAGUCAGCCGUCGUUAAGGUUUACGACUACUAUAACCCAAUGCAUUCAUGCACCCAGUUCUACGGUCCAGGCUCAACCAGUCCUCUGCUGAAACUUAUUUGCGAAGACAACCAGUGCCAAUGUGCAGAAGCCGAGUGCCCAAGCAAGGAGCCUUUCCACGAGAUCACGAAAGCCGGAAGCAUUUUCAGGCAAAGGAAAAAUUUGGGCAUAAUGGCUUGCGAGAACCACGACUUUGCUUGGAAAGGUCAAGUAUUUUCCAAUGAAGUGGAGAACGGCUACCGCAACAUUCGCUUCAAAGUUGAUGUCGCCGUCAAAGAAGGUGCAGAAAACAAAACGGCUCUUUUAAGCAACCUCAAGAUUCUCAGGGCCAGGGAGCUGUGUCACAUGGCCGACUUGACAGUCGGAGGAAUAUACAUGAUCUUCGGUGAAGACAGCGAGCCUUUCGAAAGAAACGGCAAUGUCAUACGACGAUACGACCUGAACCAAAAUGUACGGAUAUUCAACAUGCACGACAGGUCAAGCACUGAAGACUACAGGAAGUUGAGCUCGCUUUUCCAGUGGUUGACUACUGGAUUCAUCAAAAGGGGAGGCUGUGGUCCUCAGUAAUUAAGAGAUUACUUCAGAUCAUGUAACAGACGCUUAACAAUCGGCAGCUGCUUUAUUUUGAUGUACCACUCACCUAUGGGCAUCUGUGUUUUCGGACUGCACAAGACAGCAGCAAGUCAAGAGUGGGUGUCACAAGACGCCUUCUUCAUAUGUUUUAUACGAUUGCUUGAGAUGGAAUAUUUUGCCACGGAGAAGAAUUUAUUGGACAAGGCGAUUUAAGUCUGGUUCACAUGAUGCGAUAUUGCUUGAGAUUUCGCAAUUGCGACGUCACUCGCGCGGCAAAAAAUGCUUGGUUGAUGCAGCGGUCUCCACGCCGCAUCUGAGAACUCCCCCCAAAAAAAUCGCACCAUGCAUUUAGGCUUUAGUGUGCGAACCUUAAAACCGAAAUUUACUAAAUACAGGAUAUUCCAAUGACAAAAGUAUUUGGAACUUAGGGAAGGUUCUACUUUUCAUUUGCUGUAAUUGUUGGAUUAAUUGGACAUCAGCAAUAAUGCGACUCGUUAGAAUAUGGCCGGAAUUACUGCUUGCAUGUUUGUGCCACUUCUAGUUUCUAAUUUAUAUAUUUUCUCGAGUUAUCUACAACGUGUCCGAUGUUAAAAUAAAGGAUGUAAAUAAAACAAA